UUGACCAUUAACUUCUUGUGCAAUUGUGAUUUGUGCAUUGAUAUAUAUAUAACACCCUUCUUUUUCACUAAAACACUCGCUCAAAAUAGUUUUGGUCCGUAGAAAAGGUUAGAGCUAUGUCUUCUACAGAACUUGAUCAUCGGAGUAAUGGUGUCCACUUUUUCAAGAUUAUUCUUCAAAGGAACCUUAAUGAAGGAAAACUGAAAGUGCCCGUAAGUUUUGUGAGAAGGCAUUGGCUAGGUAUAACAAAUCCAGUUACUCUAAGACUUCCAAAUAUGACCGAAAAUAAAGUUUUUUGGGAGAAAACUAGUGAUUAUAAUGUUUGGUUUUGCAAUGGUUGGAAAGAAUUUGCAAAAUAUUUGUCUUUGGGUGAUUCACAGCUUACGUUGUUUCAAUAUCAAGAAAAUUCUGUGUUCAAUGUGAUUGUAUGCGGUAAAUGCGGAUUAGAAAUAAAAUAUCCUUUAAAAGAAACUAACAAAGAACAUGAAGAGGUUGAAGAGAGCGAUACUUCUUUACAAAUUAUUGAAGAUCCUUCAUCAUCGAAGGGUAAAAGACUAAAAUCUUCACCACCUUAUUUUAAAAAGAUGAAAAUCAAUUCAAAAGAACAAAAAGAACCUAAGCAUGAGAAGAGAAAAGUCCAAGAACAAGGAAGGUUUCUUAACUUCAAGGAUACGGACAAUGGAAGUAGUUGUGAUGAUCUUAAGGAGAGAAGCAAAGUUUUGUACGACAAAGUGAAGAAUUUUUUCCACGCUGAUAUGGAUUUCUUCAUGUGUAUGAUCCAAAAGACAUACAUUAAGAAAGAUGUCUUGGGCAUACCAAUUGAAUUUGCUAAGAAACAUCUGCACAGGAUGGAAGGAAGAAAUAUUACUCUUUUUGUUGAUCAAGACAGACCAUGGAAUGCUGAUUUGAAUCUCACUUUAAAUAAUCAAUAUACACUAAGUGGUGGUUGGAGUAAAUUUCGUGCUCACAAUAAUUUGAAGUUUGGUGAUAUCUGUGUUUUUAUGCUGAACAAAUGCAAAGGAACAGUUUCAUUCCAAGUUAAGAUUUUCUCUCUAGAAAAAGACAUGAGCACUCCUUAUUUUGAAGGGUAAACCAAUAAACAUCAUAAGGAAACUCAUUCAGAAAAUGAGAAAAAUGUGAGUUUGCGAUUUGAGAGAAGUUGGCGAUAUACUUGUUUAUUGAAGGUAGUCCACGAGAAAACACUGGUAUUUGAAGUUGCAAUCUCAAGAAGCAGUUGCAAAAUUAUAGUUACGUUUCUGUUAGUGUUAAUCUUGUUGUUUCAUGUUUUGAA